UCCCCCUCCUUUAGUGCAACAGGUAGAGUGCAGACAGUGGAGUUUAGUUCUCCUCUCUGUGGAUACAAAAGUAUAUUGAGACAGAGAGAGAGGGGGAAGAGAGAAGGAUAGAAAGAGAGCCAUUCUAGUCAUGGUGUAUACUACUAUUCAAUGGAAAAUAUGCAUAUUUGUUUUCCCACAGCACUUGCAUGUUAUGCUUUGGUGACAUUUACAAUGUUUGUUUUGUGCCAACAACUUUGCCUUUAAAAUUGAAUUUAUUUGAAUCGAGGGACGGGAAGAAAGAGGACAGAAGGAAUAGUUUGCAGGAUGAGAUGAGGGGCGUAUGAUGCUCCCAUUCUACCUGGCCUACUGUCAAGCUUUCACCUGGCCUGGUUCCAACUGUAUCCACCCUUCGAAGAGCCAUUUGCUCGUCCCUGCCUGUUCCACCAUGUCGUCCCCAAAUCCCACCCGCUCUGAAACCACAGACUUCACCUGGGAAGUACGAGCUAACGAUCGCCAGUUCCACAAAAAACUACAGAGGAGAUCUGUACUGUGCUUCCGCAAGGGGAAAUAUGCCGACAAUCUGGUGCGCAGUUAUAAAUAUUCCGCCCUGACAUUCUUGCCACUGUCGCUGUAUGAACAGUUCCAUCGUAUGGCCAACCUCUUCUUCCUGGUCAUGGUGAUAUUGCAGAGUAUUCCCGCCAUCUCCACGCUGCGCUGGUACAUCACCAUGAUCCCCCUGCUCAUGGUGCUGUCCAUCAGGGGUCUCAAAGACCUGAGGGACGAUCUGGCCAGGCGACGCAGUGACAGACAGAUUAACAGACAACCCUGUGACAUACUGACUCCUGAGGGGUUCUGUACUGCUCAGUGGCAGGACGUGUGUGUGGGCGACGUGCUGCGUCUCCACGUCGACCAGAUAGUGCCGGCGGACCUGCUCCUCCUCUGCAGCUCCGAGCCGCACAGCCUCUGCUACGUGGAGACGGCCGACAUUGACGGGGAGACCAAUCUUAAGUUUCGCCAGGCUUUGGCCCUCACUCACCAGGAACUGACCGAGCCUGUGGAGACAGCACUAAUGGCUUUUAAUGGCAGUGUGUUCUGCGAGGAGCCCAACAGUCACAUGUACUCAUUCAGGGGAGAGCUGCACUGGCGGGGAGAGCGCCACCUGCUGGACACCGACCACAUCCUGUUGAGGGGAACCGUGCUACGCAACACAGAAUCUGUCUACGGCCUGGCCGUCUACGCAGGUUCAGACACCAAGAUCUUGCGGAACUGCGGCCAGCUCCUGGUGAAGCAGACGCAGGUGGAGUGGAUCCUGAACAGAGUGGUCAUUGGGAUCAUCUUCUUCCUGCUGCUGACGGCGCUCCUCCUGGCGGUGGGGACGGGGGUGUUCGAGGCCACGGUGGGACCCCGAAUCGAGGCGCUCUCGGCCCUGGCGAACGGUGCCACGCCCGCCUACACGGCCUUCCUCACCUUUUGGGGCUACUUAAUCCUGCUGGCCCCGGCCAUACCCAUGUCACUCUAUAUCUCGUUUGAGAUGGUCCAUGUGGUGCAGAGCCUGCUGAUUGGCUGGGACCUGGACCUGUACGAGGAGGCCAGGGACACGCCGGCCCAGGCCCGGAGCACCGCGCUCAACGAGGAGCUGGGCCAGGUGGGCUACCUGCUCAGCGACAAGACCGGCACGCUCACGCAGAACCACCUGCUCUUCCGCCAGUGCUGCAUCGCCAGCGUCUUAUACGGAGCCAUGCCAGACGAUGAGAAGAAACCAGAGAAACUGGACCUGAGCUGGAACCCGUACUCGACCGGCGACCUGCAGUUCUACGAUCAGCGAUUGGUGGAAAGGCUGCGGGGGCAGGACAGCGGCGAGACGCGGGAGUUUUUCUGCGCUCUGGCGCUCUGUCACACGGUCAUGUCCGAGUGGAAAGAGGGGACCCUGCGGUACCAGGCCUCCUCCCCGGACGAGGGGGCGCUGGUUGGGGCGGCGCGGGAGCUGGGAUGGGUGUUCCUGUCUCGAACCCGGGACUCGCUGACGGUGAGCGAGCUGGGCCAGGUCCGGGAGUACCAGCUGCUGGCUCUGCUGGACUUCAGCAGCCAGAGGAGGCGCAUGUCCGUUCUGGUGAGGGACCCGGAGGGGAAGCUGAAGCUGUACUGUAAGGGCGCCGACAUCGUCAUCCUGGAGAGGCUAAAGAAGAACAGUCCUCACCAAGAAAGCACCGAGAAAGCACUGGAGCUGUACGCUCAGGGCUGCCUGCGCACCCUGUGUGUGUCCGGACGCUCCGUGCGGGAGGAGCUGUGGGAGGAGUGGAGCCGCGUCCUGGCCCAGGCUGCCACGGCGACGCGCCACGGCGACGGCGACGGCGCGCUGGAGCAGCUGUACAGCGACAUGGAGGCGGAGCUCACGCUGUUGGGCGUGACCGCCAUCGAAGAUCGGCUGCAGGAGGGGGUCUCCCGCACCAUCUCCGUCCUCAGACAGGCCGGGGUCAAGGUGUGGGUGCUGACCGGGGACAAGACAGAAACUGCUGUGAAUAUUGGGUACUCCUGCAGUCUGCUGGAUACAGACGCCACACUGCUGCAGGGAGAGGAACUGAGACAGCUCCUCCAGACCCCCGAGCCAGAUGCUACCCUCACAAAGGGCAAUGAGCCUGACUGCUGGGGCAAAUACCGGAAGACGGAGGGCAGCAGAAUGGCAUUAGUUGUCACCGGACCUGAGUUGGAAGAGAUGGAAGACAAGCCGGAGCAGGGGGAGCGUUUCGUGUCCCUGUCCAGGCACUGCCAGUCCGUGCUGUGUUGCCGUAUGACCCCGGGGCAGAAGGCGGGCGUGGUCGAGCUCAUCAGGAAGCACACGUCCGCCAUCACCAUGGCGAUCGGAGACGGAGCCAACGAUGUGAACAUGAUUAAGAGGGCUCACAUCGGAGUGGGACUGAGCGGGGUGGAAGGCAGCCAGGCGGUGCAGAACGCCGACUUCUCAUUGGCCCAGUUCCGAUUUUUGGCCAAGCUGCUAUUGGUCCACGGGCGCUGGUCGUACCGGCGCAUCUGCAGCUUCCUGCGCUACUUCCUGUACAAGACCACCACCUUCGCCAUGGUGCACACCUGGUACAGCUUCUACAACGGCUUCAGCGCACUGCAUGUAUAUGAGAACUGGUUCAUCACCUUGUACACGGUUAUGUACACAAUCUACCCCGUGCUCUGCUUGGCUCUUUUGGAACAGGACGUGAGCGCGGAGGCCAGCCUGCAGUGGCCGGAGCUGUACCAGCUCGGGCUGAGGCAGGAGCUCUUCAACCCCUGGAAGUUGGCGGCGACCCUCCUCUACUCCCUCUACACCUCCCUGGUCCACUUCUUCAUCCCGCUCGGCGUGGCUUCCUACUCCCCGCUGGACUACCAGUCCUUCGCCAUCGUCGUGGAGACCGGACUCAUCUUCUCUGUCACUGUCGAGAUAAUUCUGUGCACUGGAUUCUGGACGAAGUUCAACGUUGGAGCGAUUUUUUUGAGCCUGGCGCUGUUUUUCGUGUCGACGCGGGUCCUUCACAACCCCCGCCUGCAUGCCGCCGCCCCUACAGACUACUACUUCUCUGGUGUGUCGGAGAACGUGUUCAGCGGCCCGCUGCUGUGGCUAACCGCGGUGCUCACCGCCUGCGUCGCCGUUCUCCCCUCGAUGACCGCUCGAGCCCUCGCCUUCGUCCUCCGGCCCUCUGACACACACCGGGUUCACAGCUCAGGGACGACCUCUUCACCCGGAGGGCCCCAGGAGAUGAAGCCUCACUUCAGGAGGGGAGACCUGCAGCGGCGCUCGUCCUACGCCAUGUCCCAGGGCAAAGGGUUUGGCCGGCUGGUCACCUCGGGGGCCAGCCGCCGCAGCGCAGCGCCCCCGGAGGACAGGAGGGACACCGCGGGGAAAACUGACUUGGACGCUCCACGCACAACAGAGGAAGGGAAGACCAUGGCUGCUGCUGCUGCUGCUACCACGGAAACAAGCCGAUGAAGACUUGUCAUGGACACUACUGGCAGCGUUGCGUGUUCUGCCCCUGAUGCUUUGGUUUAGUGCCCACGUAGCACUCGAGCUCGUAUUCAGAGAGGACCGCUGUAGAAUUACAUCACUGGCCUUUAGCAGAUGCUCCUAGCCAGACCAGCGUACACAGUUUUACAUUGGUGCAUCGUAGCUGGGUGUAUACUGAAGCAAUUCGAGCCCAGUUGCAUAAGCCUUGUACCACACUGCUGCCUGCUAAAGUGCUGUAAGCUAAUGUACCCCAUCACUUCCCAAAUACUGGAUGAAAGUAUGAAAUGAGAAUGAAAGGGGAGUAAAUCGAUAUCAAUAUUAAUAUUAAUAUUAGCCUAAUAUUAGCCUUUCCUUGGAACCAAA